AGUAAAAAGAAUAACAACAACACGCACAGCGGCAAUAUGGGGGCAGUCACAGACGAUGAAGUCAUACGGAAACGUCUUCUUAUCGACGGCGAUGGAGCUGGAGAUGACCGACGAAUCAAUCUCCUGCUCAAGAGUUCCACCAAAUGGUGCAACUCGCCCUGGACGCCCGAGGAAGGGUUUACGCAGUACCAGAGGAUGUUGGGCACUCUGGCCCAGUGUGAGUUUUCUAUGGGGAAGACUUUGAUGGUUUAUGACAUGAAUCUUCGAGAAAUGGAGAACUACGAGACGAUUUAUGCUAAUAUAGAACAAAACAUCACAUCUGCACAUGAAAAGAUCGCAGAAUGUAAAAAAGAUAUUCAGAGAGCAAAGAGGAUACGAAAAAAUCGUCAAGAAUAUGACGCUUUAGCAAAGGUAAUCCAGCAACAUCCCGACAGGCAUGAAACCCUCAAGCAAUUGGAGGCUCUUGACAAAGAACUUCAGCAACUGUCUCACAUCAAGGAGAAUGUGGAUGCAAAGUUGGAGCUGAGGAAGAAGCAGUUUCAUGUGCUUCUCACUACCAUUCAGGAACUACAACAUACACUUGAGAAUGAUGAGAAGUCAGACAAUGAUGACAACCAUCAAGGGAGCCCUGCAGAGAAUGGAGAAUGAUCCAGACUGAAAACUGUAGCUUUUAAAUGAGUUUGGGGUUGUCUGAGAAUCCUUUUGUAUGUAUUUUUGAAUAAAGUUCACUUGUUCAUUUA